ACCACACCGCAUCGACUGAUGUUCGUCCAGCCCCGCUCGACCGCUCUCCGCCGCAGUCCGACGGUCCUCCUCCGCCUUCUCCCCGCCGGCCGGCCGUCCUCCACCAUCCCUUCCGGUCAUCCUCCGUAGGUCACCGUCCUACCCAACCCUCUCCUAGUCGCCCCCCGUCCCGCCCCGUCCUCUCCUCCGCGCGCUUCCGACCAUCCGCCCGCCGACCUCCUCCGCUGUUCGCGCCGGCUGUUGCAACGGGGACGCCCGGCGACCAGCAGCAGCGGUCCGAAUCAGCCCCAAUUUCUCUCAGGAUCUUCUCUCGACGCACAAGGCGAUGCCGCCAAGGAAGCGGGGGAAAAAGGGGGCUGCUGCCGCCGCCACCAAGCAGCAGCAACCGCCACCGCCACAGCCGCCUGGCCCUGACGCACCCGUGCAGGAGAAGCUGCGGUGGCUCACUGACCAAGAGAUUGAACGUCGGAAAGCUGCCAUCAGAGCUAUUCAAGCAGCAGAGGUUGAGAGCGUACUUUCUCGGCUGCACUUGGUGCGAACCUACAUUUCCAAGGAGCAAGAAGAAGCAUGUGCGUUGCAAUAUUUUCAGGAGAACUUGCCCAAUGUAUCAGUUGUCCCGAAUGAAAAGCAGGACGAGCUUGAGUUGAAGUGGAAAGAGUGGGAUAAUCACAUGUAUGGAGACCACAGGGAUGACAAGGUUUCACGAGCUUCGAUCACGUCAUUGGCAACUGCUGCUGGUUUCCAUUUCUCGGCAGAUUCAGUGCAGAAGAACUUCAUCGAGAGCACCUUUGAUUUUAACAACUUUACUUGGAGUGAGCUACCCGAUGGCGAAAUGACAGGAGCAGGGGACUCUCUACAGACACCUGGGGCUACGAGUAGCCGACUGUCUUUUGGCAUGACACCGAAAACUGUAAGAGUACCCAAGAACGGGGAGAUGCUCUUAUCUGUGCACGGGUCACCUCUUGGAGUGUACAAAGAAGAAAAUCUGGCACCCAUUACUGAAUCUGGAAAUGGAAGUGAAGAGCCGCCUCGUGAUGCCACAGGCCCUCUACAGUAGCAGCAGCAGAGGGGAAGCUGGGAGAUACUAAUCAGAACUUCAACCACUAAUUCAGACUGUUCGUAGCAUCUCAACCCUUAGAGCGUGACGAGGUUCGGUGUGUGUGGAUUAGGUAUCCUUUUGUGUAGUUUGAUGAAGCUUGUUGUAGGACGCCGGUUUCAGUCAGCUGAGAUCGUUUGUCAGGUGCCUUGGCACAGUGUUGUCUGUUGUUAACUUCGCCACCAGGAAGAUUAGCUGAAUCUUUGGUGCGGCCUUGGUGAUUUACCCAGUUAUUAAGACUUGUGUAAUGAGAUGAGAUGGGCAAGGUAAUACUGUCGAUGCUGUAAAUGGAGCUGUAAUGUCCCAUUUAGCUAUGUGUAUGGCGUACCUUGUAUAUCAGGGGGGUCUGCUAUUUGUAUCUUUCUGAUUUGCAAGUUGCGACGCAUCUUACACU